AUGCCCUCGCUGUGGAAUAGUUGUCUUCUUCUCUCCCUCUCCUUGCCUCUCUCACUUCAUGUCAUAGCCUUUACCAGAGAGAAUGUCAAGGAAACGCCACAGCCAGACUCUGACACAGCAGUGCAGCGUCUCUCGCAGACCUCACAGAGACCUCAUGGAUCUGGGUUAGCAGCAGGGAGUCUCACGUUUGGACCUGAGAAUGGUGACUUCCUGGGUCUGCCUUUGAGUUGGCCUUUAUUGUCAUCUGAGGAAUCAGAUAACCAAGGUGUGAUUGGCGAAUACACUGAUUUACAGGAGAACACAGAGACACCACUUCUGUAUUCUACUGAGAAAGGAGUUAUCAUAUCCAGACCCACCGACAGCUCUACAGAAGAUGCUACCUCCAAGGAGAAUACACAACGUCAACCCACCCAUGAACAACAAACGCUGAAGUAUCAGCCGGCUGAGACCAGGACUGGAUCUUUAUUGCAUUCUCCACAGACUGGAGAGAAUUUGACAGUCUCAGCCUCGCAGAAUGAGACGACAGAUAGCCAGUUACCUUUUCUUCUGUCUGGCCUGCUUCCAUCACACCAGAAUGCCACUUCACAGCUAUCUGCUGGACCUGGGCCCAGCCCUGAGCAACCCACUUCACUAGUACCCACUGGCCAUUGGGGAUGGACCACAAGUCCUUCUGUUCUCACAGAGAGAAAGACACAAGAGGAAACUAUCUCAGAUCAAAUUUUACACAGAGGAGCUGUCAGCAUUGAGGAGGAUAAAGAUGUCUCCAAAGAUGAUGAGCUGCAUGUCUCAAAGACCAGUGGCACACUCUCACUUGAUGCUAACACAGACACAUCUGCCACACCCUGCAAAACAUCAAACCAGCCCUGGACUCCCACCUACCCAGAUGAUUUUACUCCCAACGAGUCCCUGCACCCCUCUCUGGCUCUCAGCCCUGCCCUUUUUGUCCCCCUGUAUUCGGACUGGAACUCUGCCCUCGCCACAUGGGGAUUUGCAUGGGAAGCACACAUCUACGGCCUGGGGUCUGUCUUCACUGUAUUUGGCCUAAUCUCUGUGGUCUGCCUGUUAGGCCUUCCCCUGCGGUGUCCCCCAGGAAUCCCCUACCUCACCCUGUUGCACUUGUUCCUCCUAGCGUUUGCAGGGAUCCAAGCUUUUCGUUUGCUCUAUGAUGCUUACAGUCACCAAGAUCGCCUUCCCCCUCUGGGCUCUCUGCUGCUCUCUGAGCUCCCCUUUCCCUGUUUGAUCUCAGCUUUCUGCCUGGCCAUCCUGCUUCUUUCCUUACGCUCACGCAUGCGUCUUUCUCUCCCACUUGCUAACUCCACCUCACUCUCAGUCUUGCCCAAGCCUUGCCUGUUACUGUGUGUCUCCCUGUUGCAUUCUGCCGUCUCUCUAGGGUGUGUUUGCAUGCUCCACCUCUUUCAUAGCCUCCCCACCAUGAUCCUGCUGUUCCCUCAGGGUGUGUUUGUAUGUCUCACCAUUUUUCUCUCAUGCUCCUACCUCAUCUUCUACUGUUUAGUCCAAGUCGACACUAAACACAUCUACAGGCUGAAUGACAGUGGAGAGAGUGGAGGAUCUCCUGAAGUGAUGCGACCUGCAAGUUGCCCUUUUGCCAAAGUGGAGGACUGGGGUAGGGCAGCAGGGGCAGGAGUAGGGGCUUCAUUGUGUUUGUUAGGGUGUGGAGGGCUCCAGCUUUAUGGAAUCCUGCAUGCUCUUGGUUUGGGUGGGGUUGAUGGCUAUGGGUUCCAGCCUUGGGCCUGGUGGGGCUACCAGGUAGGUUGCAGGCUCUGUGAGGUUGGGGUGUGUCUAGGUUUGUCUCUCAUUGGUACACACCCUCUAUUCUGUCACAGCAACUCCUCUAUCAAGACCAUAACUCAUCCUCGGCCAGGAUCUUGGUCGCGCCUCUCCUGCAGCUCCCCUUCACGAGGGCUCACCCUGCCCUCUCAAGGAGCUGCAAAUUCUCCUGUCCUCUCAUCUCACGAUUCCUGGUCCCAGGAUAAGCAGGACAAGGUGGUGGUCUGUAAUGUUAUCGCUAAGGGACAGUCAGAGGCUCUUCCUCUUUUCUCAAUGGCAGAUCCUCCUGGAAAUGGCCUCAACUGUGUCCCCAAGUCCAGCCAAGCCACUGAACUACCUCUACCUACACCCCCAAGCCCACCGCACAAGCCUAAAAAUGCAGUUGAGUCUCAGCUGUCGUCGCUGGAUAGUGUACGACUGGAGACUGACUCUACUGUGGACCUGCAACCCCCAUCUCCCAUAAACUUGUCCCGCAGCAUUGACCAGGCUCUGUUCAGUGAGUCCCUAUUCUCUCACAGUAUAUUUGGUUUGCCAAGGCUAAACCACACGUCUUCCAGUCUCUCUUUGAGCUCUCCUAGCCAAGGUAUGUCAAAGCAAGGGCCUAGGUCUGUGGAAGAUGCCCUAUACCGAACCUCGUCCUGUGGAGACGUGGAUCAAGAGAGUGCGCUGUCCAGUUCAAGACCCUCACAACCUCAUGUCUCAUUGGCAUCUCACAGCAAGCCAUCGACAUCACCAGAGCAAUGGGACUGGAAAGGGAGCGUCUCUGGCUCAACCCAGGGUCUGUGCAGCAAUCCCAAGGAGACAGGAAAGGUGCGCUCACAUUCGUGGGCCAACAAAGGUCAAAACUUUGCUCAGAGCAGCCUCCCUCGAGCUAUUCCCCACCUGUCUUACCACAGGCGUUACCGGACCCUGAGCUUGGCCUCUCAGGACAGUCACGGCUCUGGACGUCUGGCAGGGACUAAACACCUGAGUGAAAGCAAACAGUUGGAAUGGGAUCUGGCUGUACAAGCAGAGUUUGUCAGCGUGUGCAAACAAAUUGAUGCUCUGAGUGUUUGCAGUGACACCAUCGAACUGUAG